AUGGAUGCGAACUUUCCUUCUCACAUCAGAGUGUCUGUUAUUCCACUCCAGAGUGUAGUAAAUUUAACGAAAGGUCCAAAUGGCGAAACUCUUCUGUUAGGAGCAGAUGGCCGACUUCUUAACAUUUUAUCUCAGUAUUUGAAGUUCAAUUACUCUGUACUCAUUCCACCAGACAGGGAAUGGGGGAGACAACUAGCAGAUGGAAACUUCACUGGCAUGGUAGGACAAGUAUUUCGUGGAGAGGCAGAUUUUACCAUGAGUUGGACCUCUAACACCAAAGAACGUGCAAAGGGAGUUGAUUUCAGUGAAUCAUAUGCGCUGAACGAACUGACGUAUGUUACUAACAUGCCAGGAUAUUUACCCAAAGCAUAUGUAUUUACCUAUCCCUUCGACUACUUAUCUUGGAUAAGUAUUGUUCUCGUCGUAUUAGUAGUCUCAUUAUUGUUUCGGCUACUCAUGCCAAAUGGUCCUUCGUAUGUCGAAAGACUGCUUUACAUUUUUGGUACAAUCACGCAUCAGGCAUUAAACAAUGAAAAAUAUUAUCGUAGAAUACUGCUCUUCUUUUGGUGGAUAUCAUCAACUGUGUUGUCAGUAAGCUACACGGGGGCUCUUUCUUCUUUUCUUAGUGUACCCAUACGGGAAGCUCCUAUGAAGGAUUUCAAGCAACUGUCGAUAGCGACCUCUGGUGGACAAUACAGAUGCCUAGAUGUGAAAGGAUCUGUUUUUCUUCCAUCGUUUUUAGACAGUGGUAAAGAAGAUCUCGUCCGACUAGGGAAGAAUAUAAUUAAGUACAACUGGUUCAAUACGUUUGCUGAAUCUCAGACCGAAGAUUAUUUUGAUGGAAAAUCUGCCCAUUUGGGUUCUAGACUUUUCCUGUACCUGAGGUUUGGAAAACCUCCUUUUAACAGAAGGUACGUGUCUGACGACACCGCCUCCACGUCACCGAUUGCGUUUGGUGUCAGGAAAGAUUUUUGUUGCAAGGAAACGAUUAAUUUAAUGCUAAAAAGAAUUAAACAUGGUGGAAUUUAUCAGAAAAUAUUGGAUGAAGAGAUGUUUAAGCGUUGGCUUAAAUACAUAGGGACUCUUGUGCCAAUAGAACAUGACAUACCGAUUUCUAUUCAAGAUAUAUAUGGGGCUUUCUUGAUACUUGCGAUUGGAAAUGGUUUAUCUAUCGUUAUCUUUGUUAUUGAGUGUUGUUGGAAAAGAAGAUUAACUAAAUAA